CCUCCAUUCUCCUGUUUGGCGUGAGAGAGGGCCUCCGAGGAACCGUAUCGACCGGUGGAAGAUAGCUUUGCGUCCCUUUAUCCCGGGGAGGCCUGCAGCAGCAGUCGACGAGUGGCGGAGCGGACGACUUGGAGGCAUUUCGGUCGCCAGCAGGACAGGUGAGGGCGGCAGGGUGCGACAGGGAAGGCAGCAGCCCGCAUUCCCUCCACAACGAACGUUUCCCUUACGCAUGCAGUGCUGGAGCAUUCUUGGCGUGUGGUGAGAGCACCGCUCUCGGGGUACUCGGCAGUCUAGAAGAGGGUCGUAGCUCGUGAUUCAGAGGCCACGGUGAGGUCCCCAUGCAUGAAGGCGAGCUGCACGAGUGCGUUCACCGAUGGCGACUUUGCAACUCUCUGUGUGUGUGCAGGAGGCCGUGAGUUUGUCGUGAGUGGCGUGGAGCGAUGGCGCGUCGGAGCAGCCGUCUGGCGGCUAAAGCUGGCGGCGCGGUGAAGCAGAAUGAGAGUCCCAAGGAGGUCAAGGCGCCUGCUCGACGGGGAAGGGGAGCCGCCAAGGUGAGGGAGUGGGCUGCACUGCACCGACGAGAGCCACAGUUAUCCUGCAUUCUGUGCCUCUAAUGCGCCGGAUGUGUGGCUGCAGAAGAAAGCUGCCCAGCCCAAGCCCAAGCCGCCCCGUCAGAUCGCCAAAGUGAGCAUAACACAUGGAUGGAUGGAUGGAUGCAGAGAGCAUCGGUGGACGGCGUGUGUCUGUGUGUGUGUGAAUCAGGUUGCCGGCAAGGGUCAGAUGGUCGUUGACGACGAACCCGACGAGCCCAUGACGCCCAUCGUAGACAAAAAGGUGGGCGAUCACCUCCACCCUCUCAUCCACGUGCGACCACCACUCACUCACUCAUGAAUGUCUGUGUGUGUGGAUGUGUGGAUGUGCGUGCA